AGCACACCUCGUUAUUCAACAUUUACUUCAAACUAUCAGGCAGUAAUCUCCACACUAACCGCGCCAAAGUAAUCGUUUGUUAUUAUCACGCACAGUUCCAGUAUUGAAGCAAAUGCACAACAUUCAACAGUACAGUAGUUCGGAAAGUGACGAAAAUGAUGACCCUCAGUGCAAACCAACGGAAAGGUUACCUCCUUCCAAAGAACUGCUGCGAGUUUCGCCAACCCCGGACACACCAAAUCCGGAAAAUGACCCCUCCAAACAUCAAGGCAGGGUGCGAUCUUUCGCCCACGAACGGGGCAUCUGGGCCAGCUACGUGUUCAUAGAUUACAAUGAUAUCGAUGCCUUUGAAGACCUGCAGAAACAACUUAUCAAACGAGCUAUGGAAAACGAUAUGAAGUUGGAUUUGAAUAGGGUAGACAAUCUGCACCUUAGUUUGACCAAAACUUUUGUGUUGAGGCAUCACAACAUUGCAGGGUUUGUUGAAAACGUGCGAUCGGAAAUCAGAGGAAGCAAAAGAUUCACUAUAAACUUAGAGGAUCUCGCUGUUUACACAAACGAUGAAAGCACGCGAACAUUUCUAGCCGUGAAGGUGGCCAAUCAGAGUGUUCAACCACUAAGCUCGUUGGUCACGAAAUUAGACACCAGCAUGAAGGAGUUCAAAUUGCCGACAUUCUACAAAGAUCCAUCCUUUCAUAUUAGCUUUCUUUGGUGCCUUGGGAACCAGCGAAAACUUCUGGAGGAGAAUCUACCGUCGCUGCAGGAGGCAUUUACAGCACUUUAUGAAGAAGAAUAUUGUGAUAUGAACGUAACUGUUAAGCAGUUGAAGUUUAAGUGUGGAAAUAAAUACUACUCGUUUGACUUGUUAUAACUUUAUAAGAA